GAAAAGUGCUGCGCACGUCGUGUCUAUUAUGUUCUAACCGUUGAAAGCUCAUGCCGUCACGAGAUAAACUUUGACGUCCAUUUCUUGAUAUAUUACGUUGGAAACAAGAACUAAACCUUGCUGUAUUGAUGAAGAGGCGAAGUCCGUGUAAAGAUCAUAACAAUCUCUAACUAGCGUACCGCGAUCGUUUUGACUUGAUUAAAAGGCUUGCUUGCGAGAAUCGCGACGCCAUAUUUGAUUAAGCCGUGUGUUCAUCCAAUUCCUUAAGUACCUGACCGUGGUGGUGAAAGCUGCUGCACAGCCAUCAUGACAGACACAAAUAACCAUGUUAAUCACACUGGCCCCUUGAAGCCAAAUGUCAAACCUAAUUCAGCACCACCCUCUGAUGACAAGUCUUGGAAGUCGAGUAUCCCUAUUCCCCCUAAGGACAGAAGGAAAAAAACAUCGGAUGUGACCGACACUAAAGGAAUAGAAUUUGAAGAUUUUUGCCUGUCCAGACCAUUGCUAAUGGGAAUAUUUGAGAAAGGCUGGGAGCGACCAUCUCCUAUACAAGAAGCAUCCAUUCCCCUAGCCUUAACCGGCAGAGAUAUUCUUGCCAGAGCUAAAAACGGCACUGGCAAAACUGGUGCUUAUUCCAUCCCUCUUGUUGAAAGGAUUAACCCUUCGCUUCCCAAGAUUCAAGCUCUUGUAAUCGUACCCACCCGAGAAUUGGCUCUACAAACUAGUCACAUUUGUAAUGAACUCGCUAAACAUGUUGGCGUCAAAGUCAUGGUCACUACCGGAGGCACAAAUCUUCAGGACGAUAUCAUGAGAGUGUACGAAGGAGUCCAUGCAAUAAUAGCAACUCCUGGCAGAAUACUGGACUUGACAGAAAAAAACAUCGCGAAGAUGGACCACUGCAAGAUGCUGGUGCUGGACGAGGCCGACAAGUUGUUAUCUCAUGACUUCAGAGGAAUGCUUGAUCGUCUGAUCUCUUACCUGCCCUCUGAACGGCAAAUUUUGCUCUACUCGGCCACUUUCCCGCUAACAGUUGAACAGUUCAUGAAGAAACACUUAAGAUCCCCGUACGAGAUAAACCUCAUGGACGAGUUGACGCUCAAAGGAGUCACUCAAUAUUACGCUUACGUACAGGAGAGGCAAAAAGUUCAUUGCUUGAAUACGCUCUUCUCAAAGCUUCAAAUCAACCAGAGCAUCAUAUUCUGCAACUCAACCCAACGCGUGGAGCUGUUAGCGAAGAAAAUCACGGACCUCGGCUACUCCUGCUACUACAUUCAUGCAAAGAUGAACCAGGCGCACCGCAACAGAGUCUUCCACGACUUCCGCGCCGGUCUCUGCAGGAACCUCGUAUGCUCUGACCUUUUCACAAGAGGCAUCGACAUUCAAGCGGUCAACGUCGUAAUUAAUUUUGAUUUGCCGAAAAUGGCGGAAACUUAUCUUCACCGCAUUGGACGAUCGGGUCGGUUUGGCCAUCUUGGUAUUGCAAUCAACUUGAUAACCUUCGAAGACAGAUUCUGCCUGAACCGCAUCGAGAACGAGCUCGGCACUGAAGUAAAGCCAAUCCCCAAGAUAAUCGACCCGUCCUUAUACGUGGCAGAACAUCACUUGGAGGAAGAAGCUUCGAAGUGAAGCGAUAGUAAUAAGAGGAGAGAGUGAAGUGGUGACGAUGUUGUUUAUUCCAGCUGAAAGGACAGCUCGAAUCUAUAAGUCCCCUAGUGUUUGAAAAAGACUUUGUCAGUGCAUUAUUUUGACAUUUGACAUUUCAAUCAAUUUUGCUAAGAAAAUUCUUGCCCAAUUCAUUAUGCCUGAAAAUUGGCCUUUAUUUAAUAUCUUUGUUAGUGUAUUAUACUUCAUACGCUCUUCACGGAAAUACAGUAAAUUGGAAAAUUGAAAGUAAUCCUCUUUGUAUAAAGGAUUUCUCGUGAUCGCGAGUUUUUGUAUAUCUAUUUUUGUACCGUGUGUCUGACACGAUGAAGGCUUGGGCAGCGCUGCAAUCGGAAGGCGAGCUCUGUUUGCGACACUGCCUUUGGACCGUCAUCGUUCAAGCCGCCACUACAAAUCGCAACCUUACUUCAGUUAGCAAGACUUAGACGUGAGAACUUGAGGUUUGGAUGGCAUGCCGCUGAAAUAAAGGUAUUCUUUUGUCUCUAACUUUCAGAAGAGAGCCGUUGAAUGAAGUGGUGUAAUAUUAUGCUAGUGUUAGUAGAUAGCUUAUCUAUGAACUCUGUACUCGAGUGUUUGAAGCCAUUUCCUUUUGAAGUUCAAAUGAUUCGUGCAUCUAUAUAGUGUGCUUCGCACCGCCCUUCGUACAUGGACGAUUUCUUUAUGCUCGGAUAGCUAGUAAUAAUACUAGUUGAAGUUUUUUUCUAUUUAAUGCAACGGAAUCUGUCAGCUCGCCAGCAACCUCCAAUCGGCAUUCUAACAUGGGCUCUGUAAAGUUCUUGAUCUUUCCUUCCUUAACUUUCUCAAACAUCUUCGGUGAAGCAGUGACAAUGCACCAUCGACCACGUCACUUCACCUGAUAAUUGUGCCGGUUGGAGUGCUUCAUCCUUCUUAGCAUCGAGCCCUGCACAUGACGAAACUAUGGCAGCUUCAAUCUAAAUCUGUGAAGAUUCUGGGCGAAAUAUGUCGCUCUGAUCGGACAAGCAGGAGGGAAACUCGCGGUACUUCUACGUUCGUGACUGAUAAACGUUUGUAGUAACGUCGGAAUUUUUGAGUCGUAUAGAGUUCUAAGAGAUCUGAUUAGACAGUCCUAAAGUUGGCAUCUACAUUCUCAGUGGUGAUUCGAAAAGUGCAAUAAGAUUGAAACGACCGCAAGUUGCUCUAAAGCUGUUGGCUUUUAGCUGCCAUUGUAGCGCGUGUGCUCAGGAUGCGAAUGUGUGAUGUCCUCGUUCGAGUCCUUAAUUUAGAGUGUGCUACGAUCGUGCUUAGAUACCGUGCACGCGUAGAUCUUUUCCUAUCUAAAAUUUUCAAGGACAUCAACAAAAAAAAAAAAUCUACAAUAUUGCCGAUGAUCGUGAAGUGGGCGUGACAUGUCGCUUGAUGACCUUCCCUCCUAAGAAGCAUUAAAGAAGCAGUUGUCCUGGGGGCAAGUGCGGAAGAAGUGGACAACUGCACUUGUCUGAGCGAGCUCGCGCCACUUGUCGGGAUCAACGAGGAUAGCGAAAUUUUAUGAAAUUUUUGGCAGUAAAUGUAUCCUCGGAAA